UCUCUCUCUCUCUCUCUCUCUCCUUCUGCGGACCUACAGACCUGAACACAAACAGAGACCGGGACCGGACCGGACCGGGACAUAACACAACUCACAAGACAGACAACAGAAGAAGAAGAAAAAAGAAACGAGAGGAACCAUGACAGAAAACACCAAAACGCACGUCAUCCUGCUGUCCUGCGGCAGCUUCAACCCCAUCACCAAGGGACACAUCCAUAUGUUCGAAAAAGCCCGAGAAUAUCUGCACAAAACGGGUCGCUUCAUCGUGAUCGGAGGAAUCAUCUCGCCGGUGCACGACUCCUACGGGAAACCUGGUUUAGUCCCCAGCAGACAUCGUCUCACCAUGUGUCAGCUGGCCGUCCAGUCCUCUGAUUGGAUCAGGGUGGACCCCUGGGAGUGUUACCAGGACACCUGGCAGACGACCUGCAGCGUGCUGGAGCAUCACCGCGACCUGAUGAAGAGAGUCACCGGCUGCAUUCUGUCCAACGUCAACACGCCGUCAACGACUCCUGUGAUUGGUCAGCCACAGAAUGAGACUCCGCCCAUCUACCAGAACCACAACAACAUGAAUCAUAAGCCCACAGCCAUCAAACUGUGGGGGAAGAUCAGCGAGAAUUUGGGGAAGAUCUGCUGCGUCCGCCCUCACAUCGAACGCUUCACCUUCGUCGAUGAAAACGCAAACCUGGGCACCGCCAUGAGAUACGAGGAGAUCGAGUUACGCAUCUUGCUCCUGUGUGGCAGUGAUCUCCUGGAGUCCUUCUGCAUCCCUGGCCUGUGGAAGGACAGUGAUAUGGAGGUGAUCGUGGGAGAUUUUGGGAUCGUGGUUGUUCCUCGUGAUGGAGCCGACACAGAGAAGAUCAUGAAUCACUCUUCCAUUCUCCGCAAGUUCAAGGACAACAUCACUGUGGUGAAAGACGGGAUGAGCCACCCGAUGUCCAUCGUCAGCUCAACUAAGAGCAGACUGGCCCUGCAGCACGGUGACGGCCAUGUUGUGGACUACCUGAGUCAGCCCGUCAUUGACUACAUUCUACAGAGUCAGCUCUACAUCAACGCCUCUGGAUAGACACAACAACCUGCCUGCAAAGAAACCCCAAAACGUCCUUCUUUGUCUUCUGUGUCAAACAUAUACUCUUCUUUGAGCUUUUCCAAAACCGGAGCAUUAGUGUCCCUACUUCUGUCUGUGUCAUGACGUUACCAUCAGGGAGGGGGCCAGGGUGGGUUGCGGCAAUUUUGGGAUGAGAUUGGGGUGUUGGUGAGUAGGUAUGGAGGUCAUCUUUAAGGGCUGCAGGGGUGUCAUCGAUGUAUUUUCACUGCAGUGGUAACAGCAGUGUUUUCUCUGUUUGUUAUGUCUUUAUUAAAAGUUUGGGGUUGCAUGACACACAACCAGGCAUGCUCAGUGUACCAGGGGCUGAUUUGAAAAAAAAUAAAAAUUCUGUAUCAGGGUAGCAUUUAGCUAAAAGGCGACAGGGUUAUUGGGCCUCACGCAAGAACCAAUCGCACUGACAGAUUUGUAAGUAAAAGUUUGAAAUUCCCAAACUGCUCCCAAUUUAUAGUCUUCUCUUUUAUAUGUAUGACAUAUAAACAAGUGGUGUUUUCUUUCCCAAAACAACUUGUCCAUGUCAUAGUUAUAAGGGCAUCCGGACUUGUUUAAAGGUGCUCUGAGGGUUUUUUGUCUCUCAUUCCAGAGACUUCUUCAGCGAACGGUUGGGAAACCCAGCUAUUUAACCUCUUUGUGGUCGUUGUCAAGAUGAUCGAAAUCCUUUUUGUUCAUUCAGUCGGAACUGAAUAAGUUUCUCGUUUGAGAGACAAAAAGUCUUCAGAGCACCUUUAAUCAAGUCGCCCUUGACUUUUAUCGGCAGGGUUAUUGGGCCUCAUGCAAGAUCCGCUCGUACAAACAAAUUCGUAAGAAAAAGUCAUUUUUUCCCCAAUACUUUAUAGUGUUCUCUUUUAUGUAUGAAAUAAAUACAGUAAGUGGUCCUUUCUCUCCCAAAACAACUUGUCCAGGUCAUAGUUGUCCAAAGAAGGGUUAAAAUCAAAUGCUACUCGACUUGGUUAAAGUUGCUCCGAAGAUGUUUCGUGCCCCGUAAAGUUUUCAAUUUAGUUUUAUUUAAAGUGUCAAAUCAUAGAGAAGUUAUCUCAGGACACUUCACAGUCUUUGUAAGUCCAGUAUUUUUGUGGGGCGACCUCAUAGUCUGAAGCACUGAUACUGAAGUUGUUUUAUACCUUUUUAGAAAAGGUAUUGACAGCUAACGUAGCCACCUAGUUUCAAGAUUUUAAAUUCAAUUUAUUUCAUUUAUAAAGCACUUUGCACUUUGCACUUGCUUCACAAAGACAAAAACAUAUGUAUACAACCAUAAAACACACAAAUAUACAUAUAUACAUGUGGUGGAAAGAUAAUAAAAUUUUAAUAGAAACAAGUUGAAACCCAAAGAGUAAAAGUGCAUCUAAAAGUGUUGAAACAUAAACACGGUCGGAUGCGUCUUUCGACUGUACGUUCUCUCUGAACACAACAUAAGAUUUGUUCACAAUCAAAUGGAAACGUUCUUGCUUGAGGCCCGUUUUCAUUUUGUCAGAUGUUUUGAAGGAAGUUUAACUUGAGGAUCUCAAGUUUGACAACAAGUACACUCAGCUACCGUCAUUGUCUGUCCUGCUGUAGCUGUAUCUAAAACUGUACAUAGUGACACACCGAUCGUAGUUCAGGGCAACAGUUUAACCUCCGAGCUAAAGGUAUAAUAACCUGCAGGUAAACAUAGCAACAGUACCGAUGCUUAAGGCUCUGUUUGUGGUUUACAUAACCUAACCGUUAAACUAACUCCAAACCAACACAUUCUCACUCCCAGUGCGUCAAAAAAGGGACGGUUGGUCAGGUGCCUUUGGCGUUUGUUUCUGACACAAAAAGUCUCUUUGACUCAAUCAGAUGCAGCAGGGCUUUCAACUAAUUCACACUUGGUUAGGGAGCCAUUUAAAAAAAUUAUGUUUAAGUGGCAUGCUGCACAACAACGGAACAGUUAGGUUUAGGAAAAGCUCUUGGGUGGAGUUUCUAAAAGUAUGUUUAAGUGAGAGGUUUAGGAAAAGAUCGUGGGAGGGUUAGGGUUAAGGCUUGAUUAUACUCAAACGUUACGAGCAUGCACGGAGAUGUUUAUGCUCAACGCUUUGUUUGUGACCCCGGAUAAGCGGACGAAGAUGGAUGGCAUUGUUUGUAGCAGUAUUCUCUGAAACACCAGGGGGCGUACGAACAAAAUAAUCUGUGAAUAGGCAAGAAGUAGUAGAGAAGAAGAGAGCAGAAGUAAAGGCAAGUAGGGCGCGUGGCAACAGUAGUAAACACAUCCAUUAUAAACACCGGUGUAACGCUAAAAAUUACAUUUAUCUACUCUAAUCAUUAACGUGACUGUCAUUUAUCUCCAAAUCUAAAUGGCUGUCUGCCUGUAACUGUUAAGAACACUCUCUUCUUUUCCCAGUGUAGUGUUUGACCCUGUGGUCUGUACGUGAAGAAUCCUACAGAUGUUUGUAGAGGCGAACCUGCUCUUCCCAGCCGACUGUGUUGAACUGAAAGAGCAGCGCUCGUUGAGUUAGAAAUUCAGAGGUGCACGACAACGCGCCACGACAACUUGGGGAGCCUUCACGCUGGAAACAACAGCCGUGGUGACGUAAUUUUAUGGCUCAUGCACCGCGUGCCGGGAACACGCAGCUACCAUAAACCUCGCUUCAGGGUGUUGUUUGCCUCCUUACGCUGAUUUUCUGUCUUUCAUACUACUCUCUACCGGGGUCUCUCUUAAUACUACGUCAUCUUACAAGUAGGGUUGGGCAUCGUUUGGAUUUGAACAAUUCUGAUUCCAAUUCCGAUUCUUCCUUUGGAUU